AUGAUGAUUUUGCACCAUACUUACCGGGAAAUAUGUCUCCACAGCUUGGCAGCCUCAACUGUAAGGGACUGGGCUAGAGCUGCAGUAGCAACCAAAUCCUAUCCAUAUAAACAAAAAAUGAUCAAAUAUCUCAUAUAA